AUGUCCUUUUCACUUAAGUGUUCUGUAGUUGUUUUUGGAAGGCACCAGGCCCGAAAGUCAGAAAACUCCGUGUUCUGCGCCGCGGCGUGUUCUGCGCCGCGCUGGCUGCGCCAAGCCUGCCAGGCAUUGUUCAACUCUUGCUGUCCACUGGGCUUUCUGGAUGGUGAGGAGAAAAAGGUCUACACCAGACAGUACAAGAGGCUUUGCACGCUGCUGAGCGCCAGUGGCCCCGGGAGCCUGGCGAAACGCCUCAAAUCGCAAGAACUCAUGGCGUGUCAGGUGCCCGGCAUGUCCGACGAGGAGCUCCGCAGCCCGGAGCAGCAACAGCAGCUGGUGGCGGCACGCAGCGAAGGGCUGCAGGUGCGGAGAGCGAAGAGGGGGGGGAUUGGCCCACCAUGGUCGGACUACAUGUGCGGGAAGUGUAGCUCCCAGAACUGCAGCCGCCAAGAGGUCCAGACGGGCUGGCACAAUGACCACCAAGAUGCGCCACCUGGCUGUGUUGCUGCGACGCGAGCCUCGCGGAUUUCCACGGGGACAACGCAACGCCUCGCACUUCCGGUUGGAGUUCAGGUUGAGGUUUGGUGUUCCGUCCUGGGUCCUCCUGGCUUCAUACAGUUGAAUCAUUUGUUGCUGCAAUGGGGGUUUGGGUCCUCCUAA